CGCUGCGAGGAGAAACCAAUCCUCUAUUAGCAUAACCGAAAAGUGUAUUUUGGCCGCGUUAGAUUAUGCUUAAAUUAGUGCAAUACAUAGCCCCUCGGGUGGGCGGCGCAACGCCCAAAUCGGCCGCUUGCGGCUGGGGCAACUUGCUAUUGAUUUCCCCGAGCAGUUCAGAGAAAUGUAUAACGCAACGUCGCCAUUUUCUUUUCUCCUCUGCCAGCAGCGGCAAUUUCGCUUCUUCAUCGCUCUGCAUCGAACACCGACAACAGUUCCACGGGAGUCACAGGAAUCGGAAUUGGGAGAAAUUAGCCGAUCAUUCACUACUAUCCCACUGCAGUUAUAGUAGUCCCCAGAUCCAGUCGCAGCGUGCGUUUCGAGACAGUUCGAAACUAGAACCGGACGACUCCACAGAUUCCAUCCCGAAAGCAGGGCAGCGGACGAGAAGGAAAUCGCUUUUUAACGAUCCCGACGAGAGUUCAGAGGAAAUCAAGAUUGAAGGAAUAAUGGCACCACACGAUCGCGACUUUGGUCACAGUGGACGUGGCGGUCGCGGAGGCGAUCGAGGAGGUGAUGACAGAAGAGGAGGUGGCGGUGGCGGCAAUCGCUUCGGAGGUGGCGGCGGUGGUGACUACCAUGGCGUGAGAAAUGGUCGCAUCGAGAAGCGUCGUGAUGACCGCGGAGGCGGCAACCGUUUUGGAGGUGGAGGCGGUGGCGGUGGAUUUGGAGGCGACCGUCGUGGAGGUGGUGGAGGCGGAAGCCAGGACCUUCCCAUGCGCCCAGUCGACUUCUCCAAUUUGGCUCCCUUCAAAAAGAACUUCUAUCAAGAGCACCCCAACGUGGCCGGCCGUUCCCCCUAUGAUGUUCAGAGGUAUCGCGACGAGCAGGAGAUCACAGUGCGUGGACAGGCGCAGAACCCAAUCCAGGACUUUUCCGAGGUCUAUCUCCCCGACUACGUCAUGAAGGAGAUCCGGAGACAAGGCUACAAGGCGCCCACCGCCAUCCAGGCCCAAGGCUGGCCCAUCGCCAUGAGUGGCUCGAACUUCGUGGGCAUUGCCAAGACUGGAUCCGGCAAAACUCUGGGAUACAUCCUGCCCGCCAUUGUCCACAUCAACAACCAGCAGCCGCUGCAGAGAGGCGAUGGUCCUAUUGCUCUCGUCCUGGCACCCACCAGGGAGCUGGCCCAACAGAUCCAGCAGGUGGCCACCGAAUUCGGUUCCUCGUCGUAUGUGCGCAACACCUGCGUCUUCGGCGGUGCCCCGAAGGGAGGUCAAAUGCGGGAUCUGCAGCGCGGCUGCGAGAUCGUUAUUGCAACUCCCGGACGCCUAAUUGAUUUCCUAUCCGCCGGAUCUACUAACCUGAAACGCUGCACCUACCUGGUCCUCGACGAAGCCGAUCGCAUGUUGGACAUGGGCUUCGAGCCCCAGAUCAGGAAGAUCGUCUCGCAGAUUAGGCCCGAUCGCCAAACGCUUAUGUGGAGUGCCACAUGGCCUAAGGAGGUCAAGCAGCUGGCCGAAGACUUUUUGGGCAACUACAUUCAGAUCAACAUUGGCUCGCUGGAGCUGUCCGCCAACCACAACAUCCGCCAAGUGGUGGAUGUUUGUGAUGAGUUCAACAAGGAAGAGAAAUUGAAGACCCUCCUCUCCGACAUCUAUGACACCAGCGAGAGUCCCGGCAAGAUCAUCAUUUUCGUGGAAACAAAGCGGCGCGUGGACAACCUUGUGCGCUUCAUCCGCAGCUUUGGCGUCCGCUGUGGAGCGAUUCACGGCGACAAAUCGCAAUCAGAGCGAGACUUCGUCCUGCGCGAGUUCCGCUCGGGCAAGUCCAACAUUCUGGUGGCCACCGAUGUGGCAGCCCGAGGACUUGACGUGGACGGCAUCAAGUAUGUCAUCAACUUUGACUACCCGCAAAACAGUGAGGACUACAUCCAUCGUAUCGGACGUACAGGACGAUCCAACACAAAAGGCACCUCCUUCGCCUUCUUUACCAAGAACAAUGCCAAGCAGGCCAAAGCGCUCGUCGACGUCCUCAGAGAGGCUAAUCAGGAAAUCAAUCCUGCCCUGGAAAAUAUGGCCCGCAACUCGCGCUACGACGGUGGCGGCGGACGCUCCCGUUACGGAGGCGGUGGUGGUGGCGGUCGCUUCGGCGGCGGCGGCUUCAAGAAGGGCAGCCUGAGCAAUGGACGCGGCUUUGGAGGGGGCGGCGGCGGCGGCGAGGGCAGACACUCGCGCUUCGACUAGAUCGGGGCGGAAGAGCAGUAAUAGAAGCUAUAGGAACAGGAGAUUUCAGUAGCUAAACUAAACCGCGCUAGGCCCUAAGUUAAAUUAAGUUAAUAGCCUAAGUUUAAGUUUUCGUACAACUUUCACCGAACCGCUAACGGUUAUUCUCAGAUUUAAAUUCAGACUUUUAACCCCAUAGUUGAUGGAACCCAACAAAAAGAUAGCUAUUUGAACAUAGCGUAGGUUAUUUGACGCUAAACCGUGAGGUUGGCAUAACACAAUCCAAUUGAAAACAUCAAAAACACUCUUUACUUAAACGCAAAAACCAAUUUUCAAAUAUCAUGUGAUAAUUUCUUAAUUUAAUAAUGCAACGUAUCACUAAACUAAAACAAAUGAAAUCGUAGCGCGAGGAGUAUAUUGAUGAUGGUAGUGAAGGAGAUGUGGAGAAAGUGUAAGGAUCAUUCCCGUCUGUCCCGUCUUGAUGACAAUGAACAAAGGCUGACGAGCGACCUUUGUUUGAUAUAAUAAAUAAAUUCUUCAAUUUA